CAGAACCACAAGAAGCAAAAGUUGAGACCGUAGUACCUCCAAUCCCUGGAGACCUCGUCGUCAAGGACUUGGAUGAAGCAGCUAGUAAAUCGUCGCUCGACCUCAAUCCCCAACCAGAUGUAAAGACCUCUCGUAGUCCCCGCUUGGGAGAAGUGAAACCCUGCGGCACCGGACCAGACUCUUGCUUCAUCAAUGCGCGCAAACAAUGCGCGCCUGCUGCAGUUGAUGCGCAUGACGAUGAGGAUGAAAGGAUCACUUUCAACAUGAUCAACCCACAACCACACAUGCGACCCCAAGCGGACUCUACACUGCCACGACACAUUGUUGAUGACAAUUAAGGCUAGAACUGUAACUAAUCUGGCAGAUAAAUAAGCAUCUUGCCCCUCUUUCUACCAAUUCCUCAAGUCAAGAAAACAAGACCUAGAGCUAGACUCAUCAUUAAAUCUCUAAGACAAGGAUCUCCUCUCAUCCGAGAUCCCGCUUGUCCGCCGCGUCCCCAAGUCUAUGGCUUAUGCAGAACCAAGAUGGGUCUUGGAUCCAGAGGACGACUUGAUCCGAGAUAUCGACACGAGACAGCUGUACAUGCAAGGAAGCCGUUGGUUUCUCUUCCUCUACAUUCUUCUUCCGUUGCAACUGAUCUUUCUGGGAGAGUUGAUUUUCUGCGCGUAUGUGGACGUGUACAAGCAAUCCGAGAUUCAAAAGAAAAGGAAUCUAUGGCUCAGACUUUAUCGGUCGCUGAGAGUGCUCACUGAUCCCGAAGGAGGUGUUAUCCCUUCAGAAUCAGUCUACUGACCUUUUUUUACUAUGUAUGGUUCUGGUAUUUUUGGUAUAGCCUGAAUUUUAUCCUAAGGGUUCUCUUCUUGUUUUCCCUUAGGAUCAAACUCAGGCUAUACCAAAAAUACCAGAACCAUACAUACUAGUGACCUUUAAGUAAACCAUCUUGGGUCCAAAAGGUCGGCUUCAGUUGGCUCCGGAAACUACUGCCCGCAUCCUGGUCUGCGUGGUCUUGGCUCAAUCUGUUUUUGAUGUUAAGGCUUGAAAAGGAAACUCCUCCCUGUCUCAUCAAAAGACCAUAUUUGUCCCACCGUUUCUCAAAAAAACUAGAUAGACGAGCUCAAGAUGGUUUUGUUUUGCAGUUCGUACUUUCUAAUGAUGUUGCUAUUUUCGGCACAUAUGAUCACGUGCUGUGUGAUGCUUGGCUUUGGGGGUGACGAGAACAGCAGCAGCAGCAGCGGCCUGGAUAUGAAGCAGUCCGUGCUGAAUGAGGAGCAGUACUUGUUAGGAUUCUGGAAAUUCAAAUUCACCAUGAGUAGAUCAAGAAACAAACGUAAAAAGAAUUCUAGAAGACAGCUGUCUUUCUGAACAAGGAUCGACAAUAUAAUGCUAUUAUAUAUGAGCCUAACACAAAGAAGAUUCAGGGAAGUUGUCGCAUGUCCAACCCGAAGCAGCUAACAUCAUCAUCAUCAUCAUCAUCAUCGUCAUCAUCAUCAUCAUCGUCAUCAUAUACGAGCCUAGUUCUCUCGUCUAAUCCCCUUUCCAUCCGACAAGAGUCACUAUCUACAAGAAGGAGUUCACGAUAAGCCAGCCGCCUCAGGAUCCUCUGCAUCGGACGUUUUGAAUGGGGUGAGUGACUCCACUACUGCAUUUGUUCAUGGAGUGCCCAGAACGUGCCCAGUAGUUGCACCCAUUAUUUUGGCCACGAACGAAGGCAAAAAUUAUGGAUCGAUAUUAAGUGCAGCAUCCUCGUCAUGGGUUCAGCAGACAUCAACUACCACUUCUAGCGGAGAAGAAGACGUGUCAACCUCAAAUUCGGAUGAUUACACUUCUUCAAUGGCAGCAUUGUCCAACCAAGAGGACAAGCAAAGCACAACAUCGAGUUCUCCACUAUCAUGGCUACAGACUGGUACGUCAGCUUCAGCAGGAGCGGAGUUAGGCUCAAACAAGGUACUGAAUUACCCACCGUCUGACGAUCCACCAGCUAUCCCAGCACCAGGUGCAUGGACCGCAGAUGGCAGAAAAUUAGAUGAAAGACAGAUACUGCCCUCAACGUCAUCAGGAGGUGGAGGAGCGGGAGGGAAAAUAACAGCAGAAACCCGAUUGAAUUCAAUGCCGGUGGAAGCACUAGUAAGGCUGGUUGUAUGCGUUGACAUUAUACUAUUAGUUCAUGGUUAGCACAGCGAUGAUAGUAAUCAUACUUGAUUUUUUUUGAAGCGCAAAGUCAAAAGUACUAGAAGGGAGGUGCACUAUCCCCAAGAAAUGAUGGAUUCCGCAGCUGAUUUCUAACCCCAGACGAUGAUCCAGACAAUCCUCGUGUUGUUGUUCACGAACUGUCGGAAGACGUGUGGGAUGUUUAUAAGCAGGUAGAUGACGUGGGAAAGGAAUACCUAGGAAUUGUUCACGACGACCAGAGUGGAAAGAGAAUUUGGCAAAGUUAUGUCUUUCUUCUUCUUUUUAGUAAAUGAUUUAGAUUUCUCUCUUUAGUAGAACUGUGGAACAGGACUAGUACAAGGCGUCUUAGGCGUACGGGUAGGGGUAGGGGAAUAUGAUUAAAUGAGUAGUACCGAGGAAAAAUCACAUCUUCACUCAAGAACAACAACAAGAACAAGAAGGCACCAAGUCGGAAGCAUUCGUAUACGUACUUACAGGAAGGUACUGACAACAUGAUGACACUGAUACAUCAACCACUCAUCUAAGAAAAGCGCGCCUCAAUCGCAGAUCCUCUUGAUGCAUUUAGGAAUCCACCGAAAAUGCGGGUAGCCCACCUCCGCUCAGCCGCGAUGGUUCAGGCUUUCGAACUGGAGCGACAGCAACAGCGAACACAGAUACCUACAGGUGGCUCAUCGUCCUCAUCUGGGACAGGAGCUACAGCAGAAGCAGACUCUGUUCUAGUUAAGGGUUGCGUGCUGGGAAAGCCAUCCCCCAAAUUCAAAUUUAUAGAAAUUUUUCAGCGGAAAAGGAAAUAGGAAAUGAACAUUCAUAAAAAAUAUAAGGCGCGUGAAACCCAGAUGGUCACCUCUUUGAAUUCAAAAAAAUUUUGUGAAUUUUCUAGGACCUACACCUCAGCUUCUAACUCUCCUAGUACGACUCCACGUCGGUCCGCACUAGGAGUGCCUCUAUCCGCGGACAAGGCAGGAGGAGUAUUGAGAGCUGCUGACAAAAUGCGUGGGUCUAUUUAAGGCUAGUGCUUCACUAUCCCAUGUGGACUAGUACGCUGAAUGCAGAAGUGGUCCUCCUUGAUUUAAUAAUUGGGAAAGUUGUCAGGGGCAACACCAACACCAGGGGAGGACCAUCUCACUCAACCAGUACCAGGCAUAGUGAAAAACUAGCGUUAAUCUUUGGUGAAGGGGAAUAUUCCUGCUACCGCCGGGGGUCUAACACCGCGAGCAUCAGCCAGCUCUUCAAAUCCUCCUCCAGGAGCAUCUUCUUUCAUCUCCACGUCGUCCAGUACUUCUAGGACUUUUAGUAGAGAUCAUGAUGCCACUUCUGAUGUAGAUGAUGAAGCGGCGGCUGAAAGAGAGGCCGCUUUAUUCAAACCGCGGCAAAGCGACAACAUUCCUCUAGAGCAAUUCUCGACUUCGGAGAUUUUCGCCCUGCAACUCCAAGAAUAUGUCCUCGCUUUUCUGGCUCUGCAUGUGCUCUUUGUGAUUCGACAUCUCAUGUCUGCAGAACUGCACCGCGUGCGAGAUUCCGUGAUCGCGCAAGUCCAAGACACAGCCUACGCCAUUUUCGUCAUCCUAGUACUGACAGCCAUGAUCUUUGGUCUGGGACUGUAUCUGACAGAACGAUACGAUACGCCGGAUUGGAGUGUAACGGUGUCUCCAAAAGCGUCAGGCGAAGACAUCUGGGGGAGGCAAACAGGUGUGGGGAGAGGGAAGUUAAGGUCAGUAUUUUUAAGCUGGUAGUCUCAUCUUUGCCACGACUCUUUCAACAGAGGUGCAGGUUGGAGAAAAUUCCACCUUCUUACCAAGAAGUGGCACUAGGUCGUGGGAGAAGAUCUCUUCUUGCGUAGGGUAAGUACAUGAUCAAGUGGAACACUCAGCACUAGUCACUCAGCCGCACACGACAACCGAGAUUCGUCGCUUGUUGUAGGUGUAGUGAAUUUCAUUUUCUUUCUCUACCAGGUGUAGUGAAACAAAUACAGUUGUAACCUCUGUUUCUACCUCCUCUAAGCCUCGCGGCCUCAUUUGCCUCGUCCUUUCUGUCAGAGGUGCCACUGCCUAGUGUGUUACACACUAUUUUCCUAUGGGAGAACGACCAUGCAGUUGCGGAAGACGUUGCGCUUAAGACGGCUAGUGGCAAUCGCCAUCACGUCUUGUUGAAGAAAAGUCUGAACGACAAUUUCGACGCCAAACCUGCUGGUGUCAUUUUCCAAACAAUAGGGGAUAGCUUUUUCGCAUCUCUCAAUCUCGUAGCGUACGGUAACUGGGUCCACGAUGACUACAGCAUUGCCGGGAAUUGGGUGCUUCUUGUCGUUACGUGUUUUUCGGUAGGGAUUGGAGCGUUGCCUUAUGGAAGGGAUCAUGUUGAUUCUGAUGUCUAACAGAUGACGUGGACGGUCGAGGUAAGACUUUUUACUGGACUUACAUAGAAUAGUUGAGCGGGUCGUUCGUUGGAGGAGGUUCGUUGGAGGAGUGCCCAGCACAACACGAGCAUGAGCAAGUUAAAUUUUCCGAUUCUUUUACAACUCAAUCUCAAAAGAUCAAGAACAUUAUCUUAUCAUAAUGCCCACCUCGUCGUCCAACCCCAACCUUCAUAAUUGCCCCAACCUUCAUAAUUGCCCCAACCUUCAUAAUUGCCCCAACCUUCACAACCAGAACCCCGCCCAUGAUCUGCCUCCACCUCUAAUCUCCAGUCGCCAUCGUUAUGCAAGCUAUUCUGUCUGCUUCAGCGGAGGAAGAAGCGGCUGGGGUAAACGUACAGGAGUUUCUAGACCGCAUGUCCGAAGACAUACAUCAGCAGAGUGCGGAGGACAACUUUGCUGACCUAGUUUUGGAGAAAAUGCGCGCGGCUGCGGAAGACGCACAAAGGUCGAGCGUUGAUAUUAUGAUUUUGAUACAUAGAUUGAUGACUGCACAAAGGUCGUGGUCGAGCGUUGAUAUAAUUAAGAUUUUGAUACAUAGAUUCAUGGCUAAGUAGUCGUGCCUUGUAGUACUGAACUUUCUGCAUCUGGUGGAUCAUUCGAAAAGUAAAAAGACACGGAGCAAUAUUAAACUAAGUAGAAUCAAAAAUAUGAGUAACAAGAAUAAGAAGUGAGUCCUCUGAUAACCUGAACCUCCCGGUAGGAAGGAAUGAAUGAAUAUCAUGAGUCAGUAAGAAUAUACGAAUAUAAGAGUAGAAUGAAUCAAUAUCAUCAUGUUUCCUCUGAUAUUAACCCAUUAGGAAUCAAUAUCAUGUUUUCGAAUUAUAUGCAACCUACUCUAAGAUCUCAGGGCAACAGCGAAGGAAACGCGUAACGAUGGCUAGGGUGAAGCGGAUUGCGGAAGCGGUGAAACGUCAUCGGACAAAGGUGGAGAUGCGUGUGCAAGAAGUAACCGGCACAUCGAGAGCAUCUAUCAUUGUUAAGGCUACUAUUUUUACUAGUUAGAUUGAUAUCUGCUCACCCAUAGCUAUUUUGGACGAGGACACGCGGCGCCUAGAGAAUAGAUGGAUCCUACUUAGCAUGGCCAAUACAGUAAUAUCUGCACUACUCUAUCCUUUAUCUACAUUCAUUUCUUUUACUUUUCCUAGUUAGAUUGGCUCCACCCAUAUUAUUAAGGCUACUGUUGAGUUUGGACUUGGAGAUUAUGCAUCCAUUUGCAUUUCCAUUGCGUCUUUGCUUACUUAGGUUGCACGGAAGAAGUAUCAUUAUGUCCACGUCCAUAUUCGAGAUCGAGAGUACCUCUAAUAAAUGGGCGACGGCAACAGCAGGUAGAAGUACAGAAAGAAGUGCCUCAAUUUCAUGAAGUAGAACUACCUCAGGCCUGAUGGGUAUGGGUCGAUGAUGGUAGGCAAUUCAGGCUGCGCAGUGGAUGAGCAACCAAAAGGGCAAUGAUUUCUUUUCGAUCAGACUCUGAUCCAGACGGCUACAAAUGUUGUGCUGGGUAGGUUUUUAUAGGUUUAGGACGUACGAGUACGAGUACGUCUACGUACGUAGUUUUAGAUUCAGAUGUUGUCGUAUAUUGUAUAGGAUUAUGUCAUGUUGAUGCACAGAAUUACCACGCUGGAUCAAACUCUACUGUGGUACAAGAGAGAAGUUUUUUCGUCUCCAUUUUGCGAAUUUGAGCUGUAUCGAUGGCAUUUUAGUAUAUGCCGACAAAUAACUCGAACUCAAUGAAACGUUAAUUUUGAAUCCUUCUUCAGCUUUCUGCACUCCUUAUUCCUAGAAUUAUCAGAAAGAGAAACUAACAUCGGGAUUACGAUUAGCAAGCACCAAGUCAUUCAAAUUUAAAUAAGUCUAAAAAUUUAAGUUAUGUUUUUGAGGUAGUCCGUGAUUAUUGGUCGUGUACAAUGACAGUGUACAACAAUCUAACAGCACCUUAUGGUUAUGAAUCAACAUCAAGCUGAUGUAUCAUUAUCAUUUGCCAUCCUCUGUACAAUUAUUUUGUUGACAGUUCGUUCCACCUAGUUGCCAUAGAGAAAGAAAGUAGAUAUUAAUUCAGGGAGAUGAAGGAGUAGGAAACAUCAUGAACUGCCACAUCAUUACAGUCCCAGUCGCACGAAGCUGAAAAAAUCCAGCGAUAACAACAAUCGAGAUAUACUGGGGUUACCUGGUAGUACCGUUUCUGGAAUUCCUGGUACUAUCAGGUGACCCCAAUAUGCACGUGAACGAUGGUGCAUAUUUAGCGU